AUGAUGCGAGUGUUGGCUGGGGAUGUGGUUGGGAACCAGGGCGCGAGGGAGGAAAGGAAGGGGGAGGGUGUCAACAUCGCCCUCACGCCCCACGCCCUCUUCAUUGACAAAGCGCGCCUUAUCGCAGAAGAACCGACGUAUGAGGGUGCGAAGAAAGUCUUCAUCCUCGGUUUCGACACGCUCAAACGGCUGCUGGAGGUGCGGUACUACGAUCCCCCUAGUUUAUCGGGGUUAGGGCCACUGUUUGAGGGGGGCGUGAGGGUGCAUUUGCGCGCUGGGGGGGAGGAGGAAGAGGGGGAGCAGAGGAGGUGGAUUGAGAGUCUGGGAGGUGGGGGAGAUGGAGAGGAAUGGGGGGAGGAGGGAAUGGGUGGGGGGAUGGAGGUGGUGGAAGCUAGCGGGGGGGAGGUAAGUUCGAGUGAGGUUAGGAGGAGGGUGAAGGCGGGGGAGACGGUGGCGGGGUUGUUACGGAGGGGGUGGAGGAUGUUAUUGGGAGGAAGGGGUUGUAUAGGGGGUAGAGGGGAAGAGAGGAGGGAGUAUUUAAAAGGUGUAUAUGGGAAGGGAGCCGAGGGGGUGAGAGGGAGUUAUAGAUAG